CGCUUCCAUUCUGUUCGAGCCGAACGGUGUUGUGACGGGGACUGUUCCCCAGCACAUCUGUGUCCCUGUAGCGGAAGCUUUGCCAGCACAACGCAUAACAACUGACUGUGAAUACGGACAGUCACCACCUCGUCCCUCUCUGGCCAGGACGGAGAGGAUGCUCCAGCGGGUGGCAGUGGUUGGUGCCGGGGCGGCCGGACUCUGCGUUGCCAGGCACAUCCUGUCACGUCCGAGCAGCUUCACCCCCCCGGUUGUGUUCGAGCUCACCGACAAUGUUGGCGGGACCUGGUGUUACGAUGAACGUGUCGGGACGUAUGACAACGGGCAACCGAUUCAUAGCAGCAUGUACAGAAACCUCAGGACCAACCUGCCCAAGGAAGUGAUGAUGUUCCCUGACUUCCCCUUCGACCCCCAGCUGAGCAGCUUCCUGCCCCAUCAGGAGGUUCAGAGGUACCUAGAGAGGUACUGCCAGUACCACAACAUCCAGCCUCACAUCCGGUUCAAGACCGUGGUUGAAAAUGUGACGCCUCCUGUCAUGACAAAAGUGGGUGAGGAGAAGAAGACAGCUUGGGAAGUGACGUCUCUGGACUCGUCGGGUUGCCUGAAAACCGAGAGCUUUGACGCUGUGUUCGUCUGCUCGGGGCACUACUCUGACCCCCACAUACCACACCUACCAGGAAUAGAGAACUUUAAAGGCCAGGUGCUCCACAGUCACUCGUACAGGUAUGCAGAGCCGUUCUGCGGUCAGUCGGUGGUGGUUCUGGGAGCCAAGGCUUCAGGACUGGAUAUUUCGAUUGAAUUGGCCAAAGCUGGUGCCCAGGUGACUCUGAGCCACAGGUACCCUCGCCUCACCUUUCCCCUUCCUCCAGGGAUUCAUCAGUCCAGCUCAGUGGUGGCGGUCGAGAAUGAUGGCAGCAUUCGCUUCCAGGAUGGUUCGGUGGGUGUGGCCGAUGUCCUGAUGUUCUGCACCGGCUACAACUUCAAAUAUCCGUUCCUGGACGCGGCUCAGCUGGGUUUGGAGAUCCAGGACCACCUGGUGUCUCCUUUGUACCGCUUCAUGUUGCCCCCAGCCUUCCCCUCGCUCUUCUUUAUCGGCAUCUGUAAGAUCAUCUGCCCAUUCCCCAACUUCAACUGCCAGGUCCUGUUUGCUCUGGCGGUGUUGGACGGCUCUGUCUCAUUACCGCCCCAAGAGCAGAUGGAAGAGGAGGUCUGGCAGGAGCUGCAGGAGAAGGAAGAGCGGGGAGUGGCACAGCACCACCUGCUGAAGAUGGACAAGGACCAGUGGGAGUACUGCAAGACGCUGGCCUGCUCUGCCGGAUUCCCGCCACUGCCUCCUGUCGUUCGCAGCCUGUACGAGGAGGUGUGGCGACAGCGACAGAUUCACCCUCAAAACUACCGCAGGCUGAACUACCGGCUGGUCAGCGACACCCGGUGGGAGCUGGUGGACUGAAAGGUUAGGGCAACAAAUCAGAAGACUUUUAAACAGCUUCUUUUUCAUUCCACAAACACUCAAAUACAUAACAGCAAAGGAGAGAUGCUGUUAAUAUGAGGUUGCAUUUGUCUCAUACAAAGACUAACUAUGAUAGAAUUAUAUUUUUACACGAAACUAGAUUAAAAACAGGAGACGCACACUUUUAAACGACUGUAUGUUGUUAUUUCUGGUUAUAAUGAAGUAAAAGUCUCUGAAAGGCUGAUUUGUUGUCCCUGGAGGAUGAAUCGUGAUGACUUCAGGGGCGCUUACUUUUCCUGUGAAGCGGCCAAUCACAAUCCCGCUCCCUUCAGAGGAAAGAUUAAGGUUUAACGUCUCUGCAGCGCCGCCUGGGGGACGUCAUGAGCAUAGCAGCUCCCUCUGUCACUUUUCAGCAGCUCUUCUUUUAUCCCAAAUGGGAAUAAACAGAGCGUUUUUGUAUUCAGUAGUAAGCUAUUUUUAAUUGUCAAUUUGAUUUGUUAUUUAAACUAAUUUUCCA